GAAAAAGUUAUUAAAGAUCAACAAAAAAUUAUUAACAAAACUUUGGGACUUGAAAUUAUUGGUUCGGAUAUUAUUACAUCUGAUGAUAUAAUGAUUUCGUCAAUUCCUAGUCAACCCAGUUUAAAAAGACAGUUAAGUGAUGUAGUAAAAAUGGAUACUAAUUUAGAUAAAAGUUCUAGAGAAACUAAUUGUGAUAGACGAAAAGCCCGCCAGAUUGAACUAAAUAACAAACUAGUCAGAUCAGUAUCUUUAGAUGCUGGCUAUACUGGAACUUCAAAUUCACACAAAAAACUUAAAUUGAUUGAUAAMGAAGAGGUUGAAAAUGACUGGCCUUUUAAAGAUUUUGUUAAUACUUUACUUAAAGACUUAUUCAAUACUAAAUGGGAAAUACGGCAUGGUGCUGCAACAGCUAUUCGUGAAAUUAUUAAACAUCAUGGUCGAGGUGCUGGAAAAGCUUGUAAUUUGCCUUCAGACCAACUGGAAAACCAUCAUCAAGCCUGGUUAGAAGAUGUGGGACUAAGAUUAUUAUGUGUUCUUGCGUUAGACCAUUUUGGAGAUUUUCUUGGUGAUCAAGUUGUUGCACCUGUUAGAGAAACAUGUGCUCAAGCUUUAGGUUUUGUUGUUAAAUUAAUGUCUGAAGAAAAUGUUUUAAACAUAAUUCAUGUACUUAUACAACUUAUUCAACAUAGUGAUUGGACAACCAGACACGGUGGAUUAUUAGGACUGAAGUAUUUAUUAGUUGUUAGAAAA